AUGGAAGACUGGGAUAACACAACCACAGUGACUGAGUUUGUGCUUGUGGGCCUUUCCAGACAGCCCCAAGUGCGUGCCGCUUUGUUUGUCCUCUUCCUGGUCAUGUAUGCAGUCACUGUAGCUGGGAAUGGUCUCAUUUUGGUCCUAUUUGCAGUGGAUUCUCACCUCCACACACCCAUGUAUUUCUUCCUCAGCAACCUCUCCUUCAUUGACAUGAGCUUUGUCACCAUCACUGUCCCACAGAUGUUGGCACACUGCUUCAAAGAGAAGGCCAUUAUAUCUCGGGGCAACUGUUUUGCGCAAAUGAGUAUUACUCUUUUUUUGGGAACAGUGGAGUGCUUCUUAUUGGCAAUCAUGGCUUACGACCGCUUUGUGGCAAUAUGCAGCCCUCUACACUACAGUUUAAUCAUGAGCCGAAAGGUGUGCCUCAUACUGGUGGUCAGCCUGUGGGUCAGCUCUUUCCUCUUGACCAUCGUACCCUUUUUUAGCAUGCCAGCAGCACGCUUGUGUGGCCACAAUGUGGUGAAUCAUUUCUCAUGUGAUAUCCAGGCAGCAUUGAAAUUGGCCUGUUCUGACACGCGUGACACUGGGCUUAACAUGCUGAUAACAAGUGUGUUUUCUCUCCUGUUCCCCUUUGCCUUCAUUCUCGUGACAUAUGGGCGCAUUGGUCUGGCUGUCCUGCGCAUCCGCUCAGCCUGA